CUGGGAAUUAUGCUUCACUGGAUCUAGGGUUUUUGUCCCAAAAUUCCCGGUCCAUAUAUAAAUACUUCAACUCUUCAUCCUGCUAACCCCUCUCACCCAAACUCUACCGGCCGUCAUCCCGCUUAUUCCGUCCAUCUCACCGAUCUCCACAUACAAAGUUUUCAGAGAUGGCUGUUACUUUCUCCGAUCUGCAAACUGAAGCUGGCUUGAAGGCUCUCGAAGCCUUCCUCUCCGGAAAAACUUACAUCUCUGGUGACCAAAUCACAAAGGAUGACGUUAAGGUUUACGCAGCUGUUUUGGAUAAACCAAGCGCCGAUCUGUACCCCGCUGCUAGUAAGUGGUACGAGUGCGUUGCUUCACAGCUUGAAUCAAGUUUCCCAGGCAAAUCUCUUGGGGUGAGAGUCUCUGCUCAAUCUCCAUCAGAGGAAGCUGCUCCAGUCAAGGAAGCUCCCAAGGAAACUGAAGCUGCAGCUGAAGAUGAUGAUGAUCUUGAUCUCUUUGCUGAUGAGACUGAAGAGGAAAAGAAGGCAGCUGAAGCAAGGGAUCAAGCAAAAGCUUCAACAAAGAAGAAAGAGAGUGGGAAAUCAUCCGUUCUUAUGGAUGUAAAGCCAUGGGAUGAUGAGACAGACAUGAAGAAGCUUGAGGAGGCUGUUCGAAGUGUUGAACUAGAAGGCCUUCAUUGGGGACAAUCAAAACUUGUGCCAGUUGGUUAUGGGAUAAAGAAGAUGACGAUCAUGUUGACCAUUGUUGAUGAUCUUGUUUCUGUGGAUGAUCUGAUUGAGGAUCGACUUACAGCUGAGCCCAUCAAUGAGUAUGUGCAGAGUUGUGACAUUGUUGCAUUCAACAAGAUCUAAAUGCAAACCUCACCCACAAGUUUUGGUUUUCUAUCAUCUUGUUUCAUGUUAGUGUUGUAUUUCAAACCAAUCAUACUUGAUGCCAAGGAUUUUUAUUGGAGUUACUAAUGACACCACCAUUUCCAGUUU